GUUUGCUUUUUGCAUCGUCAUUUCUUCGUUUGCUGCUUGGGUUUCGCAUCGAGUGUAGAGUAGACGCGUAGUAUCGGUAGUUCUCGUUAGUUACUGUCUUUCUACGCUCUCUCCUGCGACUGACGUUAUCGGCCGGCGGCCCGUGCGGACGGAAGAACAGUUUUUUUCUCACCUGUCUCCCGCCGAACACCCGGAUUUCUUAAAUCGGGAUUUAAGGCCAAGAGGGGGAAAACGCUAUUAUCCCAGGAUUUAAUCUACCGCGAGAUUUUGGGGAUGCUUUUUUUGACGUUUGGAGCACAACAUUGAUGAAUCAUGGUUGGAUAUACAGAACAACCACCACCACCUGGUGCAAAUCUGCUACCACCUACAUCAUAUCCUACCAAUCCAAAUCCGCCUUUCCCUUUUCCGCAAAUGUCUUCCACCAAUACUGAGCACGCAAGAUAUCCUAUAUUCUCUGAAAACCUUUUCCCCGUCAAUUCAUCCAAUGGAGUAUCACCUUCUGUCGAGAACCUUUAUCCACACUUUCAGACAACUCAGCAUGUUUCUGUUCAUGAAUCUUCACCAGUUGUUCCAGGUGUUGCUACACAACACUCCUAUUCCUUACCAAAUAAAAUACAAAAUCAACCUAGCAAUUCAUGGAACUCAGACAUGAAUCAAACAGACCAUGUAAUGGCUAAUUCUCUUAGUCAAUCAGGUGGUGCUACACAGUUGAACACUUGGAUACCUGGAACAGAAUCUGGGACAUCAGAUGCUAGUUUAACUUUUCCAGCAAAUAUAGUCAAGCCCUAUAAUCCAUUUAGUAUGGCUCCGCAUGAUAUGCUGAACUCAAACUGCCUUGGUGAAAGCACUAUGGAUCUGCAUUCAAUGGCUGAAGCUGCUGUGGACAAGGGGGUAAUUGAGCAAAAAGGGGAUUCAGCUGAGUUUAAAUGCCCCAGCUUGUGUGCUAGAGGUUCUACUGACAUCGAAUCUGCUGCCCAAGAUGCAGUGCUUCGUGAGCAGGAAAUUACAACACAACAAGUCAUACAUAAUCAAAGAUUUGCUAAAGGAAAAAAUGGGGCCAAAGAGGAUAGUCAAGAUAUUCUCUCUGGACGGUGUGACCCCAAUGCAUUGAAGGAACAUAUAUUGAAGAUGACUAGCCAACAUCGUGCAGAAAUGUCAAGCAAACGUGGGAAAUCUUUCCAUCAAGAGAAUGAUAACGUGGAAAUUGGCAAUGGAUAUGGCGUACCUGGCGGUGGAGCAUAUCAUGCUGCAAGGCCCUUAAAUAUCCAAACUGAAGCCAAAGAUGAAAACCGUGAAUCAAGCUUGGUAGCUUCAAAGGAUGCUCGAAGGGAGUUGCCUGAUUAUCUUAAGCAAAGAUUGAAAGCGAGGGGUAUUCUUAGAGAUGAAAAGACAAAUGAUGAACCAACCACAUUUGAAAAUUUACAGAAAUUCGAAGAUCGGCCUGCUGAUAGCAAAAUUGUGUUGACGUUGCCUCCUGGUUGGGCCAAGGCAAAUGACCCAGAAACUGGUACACCAUAUUUUUAUAAUGAGAAAACUGGUGAAAGCCAAUGGGAACAUCCUAGUGAAUUUGCUAGGCCUCAACAGCCUGAUGCUUUUUCAACUCUUCCUCAAGAUUGGGAAGAGGGAUUGGAUGAAUCAACAGGUCAAAGAUACUAUUACAAUAGGAAGACAAAUGCAACACAGUGGGAGAAACCAAGUUCAGUAAAUAAGGCUAUUCCACAGCAUGUUGAUCCCAUAGUUGCUAGAAAUCAACCUACAGGAACUGUCGUUCCAGCUCAAAAUUAUGCAAGAUGCAUGGGGUGCGGUGGAUGGGGGCUUGGCCUAGUUAAGGCUUGGGGUUAUUGCAAUCACUGUACCAGGGUUCUCAAUCUUCCUUAUCAACAAUAUUCUAUUUCGAAUAUGAACUAUUUGGAACAGAGUAAUAGUACAGCAGCGCCUGCAAAAGCUGCUUCUAAGCAACGGACAAGUUCAAAACCACCAUUUGGGAAAGGUAGCAAAAAAGAUUAUAAAAAACGUGCUUUCAAUGAGGAUGAUGAAUUGGACCCCAUGGAUCCUAGCUCUUAUUCAGACGCUCCACGUGGUGGCUGGGUUGUUGGUUUAAAAGGAGUACAACCACGUGCAGCAGACACCACAGCAACUGGACCACUCUUUCAGCAGCGGCCAUACCCAUCACCUGGAGCUGUCUUGCGCAAGAAUGCUGAGAUUGCUUCUCAGAGCAAGAAACAUGGUUCGACGAAUCGAAUGGCGCCCAUUACUAAGAGAGGAGAUGGCAGUGAUGGGCUCGGCGAUGCAGACUGAGAUCUCCUUAGAUUGAUCUCAGCCAGAAAUGAGGCUAUGAAUUUGCUUUGCUGCAUUUCCAAAAGACUUGUAAGAGCUAAGGGCUUUGAAUCCUGGAGCAGAAAUGCCAGAGAUUGGAGCAGAUUAAACAAUUGUGGGUAACGGUUUAUAUCUCUUUCUUUCCUUUUUGUUGAAGAUUGAUUGUCAUGUGGUUGGGCUGUAACAUUAUGACUUUUGCAUUGUUGUGGUAGUAAUUAGUCAAUAUAUUGAUGUGGCUAGUGAUUUCUGAA